AAAAAAAAAAGGGGAAAAUCCAUAACUGUUCUCCGCCUUUCCCAACCCAGAACGGCGGAGAAAGAUGGAGAAACAAACCUUCAAAUGCUCUAAAAUGGUUUCAAAUUAUGAACCCAAGUUGCCGACAUUCCCAACAAUUUACACAUUUGCUACAUUUUUCUUCAUUUUUCUGACGAAAUCGCAAUCGUCGGCGUCUCCGUCGAUCUAUGAUCUCCUGAACAUCUAUGCUCUCCCGGCAGGCAUAUUCCCAAAGGGAAUUUCCGAUUUUUCCUUCGACCCCGCGACCGGACGCUUCGAGCUCAACCGCUCUUGCUCCUGCGCCGCGCGGUUCGAGACGGAUGUCUGGUACGACGUAACCGUCGCCGGAACCCUAAGCUACGGCAGGAUUUCGGACCUUUCCGGUGUCGCAGCCCAGGAGCUCUUCCUCUGGCUCCCUGUUGAUGAGAUACGCGUCGAUAUCCCCAGCUCCGGCUUGAUUUAUUUUGAUGCCGCUGUCGUUUCAAAGCAGUUUUCUCUGUCGUUUUUUGAAAUCCCACCGGAUUGCAAGGCCGUUGAUAUUGAGAUGAUGGUGUUUUCUUCCCUUUCGUUGCCGCGGAUACCUCAGGGGAACCUUAUAUUGUUCGGUGAUCGUGGCCGGGAAAUUGAGAGUCAAUCAAGGAAACUAAUGAAGCAAAGUUUUGGAUGGCAAACUGGGAGAGCUGUUUCCUAAUUUACUUUCUGGUGGAAGAAUGCCCAAAGUGAGACUAUGAUACAUCGCAGGUUCUUUUGGUUUCUUCCCUUUUUUAUUUUCUCCAAGAAUCUUGAUGUGUAUGACUGCUCCAUUGCAUUGCACAGGCUUUGCACCUGCUAUUUGUAAGGAUGUUUGGCAAUUUUGUCGGAGGGGAAUGAAAACAGGAUUUCCCUGUUGAUAAUAAUGUAUAGUGAAUUUGAAAGUGAGGUGUAUGAUCAUGUAUAGAUAUCUAUCUAUGUACCGUGGUUUUGUAUUGAAGUUUAAAAAAAAAAAAAACUGAACUCAUCUUUUUCACCUAUAAGCAUAUCUAUGGACACCAUGGUUUUUGUAUUUAA